CGCGGCGGCCAGCCGAGGCUUCCGGGUCAUGUACCAAACCAGGGAAAGAUAAGGGACUCCAAGUCCCAGCCAGGGCGCGGUGAAACAGCCAGAGCGCGGCCAGAGGGGUCCACGAAUCUCACAGCACAACACACGCGCAGUGAAAGGCAGUAGAAGGCGGGGCGACGCGCACGGCUUCCUGGGAGGUGUAGUCUUCUAUACGCGCGCCCUUCGAGCCCCACUGGAGGCUCGCGCAGGAUCCGUGAGCGGCCUAAGGUGAACUGACUCAUAUGAUUGGCUGUCCCGAAAAAUGAAAAGUCUUUGUGGUCCAGGGCUGAGACCCACGAGGAGACGGGGCGGGAUUUCUGGCGCUAAGAGGCGGGGCCUCUCGGCUUUGGGCGCGAGUGGUUAAAAGACAGUUGGUGUCGGUUCGGCUGCUCGGGCCGGAUUCCGCGGUCACAGCCCUUCCCCAUGGCAGACGCUGAGGAGCUGCAGGUUUCUUCGCCGCCGCCGCCGCCUCCCUCUUCUCCCUCCUCUUCAGACGCCUCUGCAGCAUCUUCCCCGGGCGGCCCAGUGAGUUUGGGCUGGCCAGUUCCGAGCAGGAGCAGCGGCGGAACGGUGGACCCGCUGGAGGAAGUGGAGCUGCAGAUCGGAGAUGCAGCCUUUUCAUUAACCAAACUUCUUGAAGCCACAUCUGCAGUAUCAGCUCAAGUGGAAGAACUUGCCUUCAAAUGUACGGAAAAUGCACGAUUCCUUAAAACAUGGCGAGACCUCUUGAAAGAAGGCUAUGAUUCUUUGAAACCUGAUGACUAAUUUGGCAUACUUGGUUGUUUAAUAGUGACUGCAAUCAUUCAGACUUCUUAUGUCAUAUUUGUAUAUGUACCACACGUAUAGAAUGACCUCUGUCCAGGAGUUCUGUAUAUACUCAGAAUGAAAUUUUUCUUGGUUUUCUUGGCUUUUGUGAAAGCAGAAUACCGAUGCUGUUUUUGUUGCGGACCAGUACUUGUUUGUCCUUAAAUACUUUAUGCCUCUGAACUUUCAUAGAGUCCUUUUUGAAAGUUAACUUCAUCAAUAGAUGGUUAAUAUUAAUAGAGCCACAAUGCUACCAUUAGCAAACUAGGUAGACCAUUAUUUGUUUUGCAACAAGAUGCUAAGCAUGGCAGAGUUUGAAAUUGCGUUUCAUCUUAAGGACCAAGGAGGGAGGUAACUUUAAGGUUGCCAGUGGUGGAUCCAGCUCCAUUAGGCUAAGUUGUCUACAGCUAAGGAUUGUGUCUUUAUUCUAUAUCCCCAGCACCUAAAACAGGUUCACACAGCACUCACUGAAUGUUUGUUGAAUAAAAGAGUUAACAAACAUAAUUAAAAGCUUUUUUCUUCCUAUAUUUAGCAUGAAGACUGUCAUUGUUUCUUUAGAAAAUGUAUGAAUCUGAACUUUAUUGACUUGAAGAAAAACAUUCUUUUUUUUUACAGAGAUUUGGACUUUGAUGAUAGGUUUUAAAAUAUAUGAUAAAUAUUUUUUGUACUUUUUUUUUUUAAAGACUUUACUUCAGAAAAAGGAGACUAUCUAGAAAGAAUGCAUAUUUUUUCCCUAUUUAUUUCUGUGGUUACUGCUUUUGCAGUUUAACCGUGUUUGUAUUUGAUAUUUGUAUAUGUUUGAUGGCUAUUUUUAAGGUGCCUUAUCAGAUUUAUGGCUCUGUGCUAUUACUUUUUGAGCUUUGCAGGUUGUAUACAUAAUAAUUCUAAAGAAGUUACUUUGUUUGCAAUGCAUCAAAUUUAAAUGAUGUGAUUUUUUUUUUUUUUGUAUUAUUUGACCUUAGUGACAGUGUUCUAUUUUGUGUCUUGUAUAUUAUGUUGCUUUUGGUGUUUUGUGUUGCGUGUCAACGAUUAAGCCAACUAAUUCUCCACCAUAUAUAACUUCUGGACAUCUUUGAUAUGACAUCUUAAUUCUUUGUAGAUAUGGAGAUAUGUACAGAACUAUAUUCUAACGCCCAGCAAUGGGGCUAUGAGAGGGGACAGAUGGAUGGGCAAAGAAUAGUUUUGUUUA